AUGCUUGUAUUAUUUUAUCUUUCAAUACUGCUUAAAACUUUAAAAAAAAUCUUAAAACUUUAUAAGCGUUUAAGUCAAAAUCCAAGUCUAAUAUCUGCUAGAAUAAUUUCUAUAGCGAGAAAUGGAAUAUCAAUUCAAAGCGUAUGGGCACAAAGAAAUUUAGAAAGAAACAUAAAACAAAAAUUCACUCAGGAUUUUAAUCUAGAUGCAGAUUUACAGCCACUUGUUGAAAGUUUUCCUGUAGAUGUUACUUCUGAACUUUUAUCAGCUUCAUCGGAAAAUGAAAAAUUGAAAGCAAUCUUAAGAGAAGUUAUAAUUGAUGGCAAAUCUAGACAGUUUAUAGAAAUUUGGGAUAGACAACAUCUAAUUAAGACAUAUGAUUUAACCGCUUACGAUGCACAUGGACAAAUUUAUACUGACAUUCAAGAAAAUGAAGAAGAACCGGAACGGGGUACAGAAUAUGUUUAUAAAUCAGAUUGGGGUGAACAAUUAGAAGGGAAACACCAAUCUGUAAUUAUAAUUCUAAAUAUUGUAAAAGACACUUUGCUUCCAUUACCUUUUAUUCCACAUGAUUAUUUCCCCGCUGAGGUUAUUUGGACUCCAAAUGGUGAAUGUAUUGUAGGUGUAGCUUACAAACUUUACCCUCGAUAUCUUGGUCGAUUUGGAUGCAGUAAUAGGGAAUCAUAUAUCUUUCUACUAAAAGGAGCAGAGUUUCGUAAAUUAACUGGUCCAGAUAAAGCCUGUAAAACACCGCAAUUCAGUCCUGAUGGAAAGCAUCUUAUUUGGUUAGAGCGAGACAUUGAUAAACCUCAUCACAACGUUCAAAGACUUAUGCAUAUAAAAUGGGAUGAAGUUGAAACCCCUGAUGUCGUAGUUGACUUGGUAAACAAAUGUAUAAUUAUUGCAAAUGAUAAAAAAUUUUAUGGGUUUUAUGGUCAAACUAUUCCUAAGCGUUGUUGGAGUAAUGAUUCACAAUAUUUAUUUCUUAGUACACCUCAAAGAUCAAACAUAAAAUCAUAUGUCGUUAAUUUGGAAUCUAAAAUGGUGACUGAAAUAGAAAAUCCAGAUGGAAGUAGUUUAAGUGUUUUAGAUGUUAGAAAAAAUCGUGUAGUAUUUACAAGAUUUUCCAUUAUUCAACCACCACAAUUGGUAGUUGGAAAAUUCGAUCCUUCUUUAGAAAAUGUUGGACAUUUGAACUUGUAUAACUGUACAAGCCCACUUGAUAUACCAAACAGUCAAAAUCUCAUGUAUGAACAUACUGAGUUUGUCUACAAAACGAGUGAAUCUAUUAAAGAUUUUAACUUUACAUAUUUUGGAGAAAAAGUUGCACCAGAAAAAUCCAUGCCCUUACUUGUAGUACCACAUGGAGGACCUCAUUAUUCAUUUUGUAAUCAGUUUAACAUAGAUUAUGCGAUUUUUGCUCUUAUGGGAUUUGGAAUUUUACAAAUAAAUUUUCGUGGAUCUACUGGUAUGGGAGGAAAUAAUAUUCAAUUUCUUGCUGGGAGAAUUGGUGAAACCGAUGUACUUGAUUGCGUAACAGCAGUGAACUUAGCAUUACAUAAGUAUUCUCAAAUUGAUCCAAAUAAAGUAACUUUAUAUGGUUUAUGUCACGGUGCUUUCUUAUGCGCUCACCUAAGUGGACAACAUGCUAACAUGUUUAGAGCAGUUGUAAUGAGGUCUCCUAUUAUCGAUAUACCAUCCAUGUUUACCGAAACUGAUAUUCCAGAUUGGUGUCCUGCUAAUACUGGCUGUCAAUUUCUUGAAUCGCUACCCCCAGCAACUUCCGAAACAAAGUAUACUGAAAUAGUUUUGAAAAUGUUCGAUCAUUCGCCUAUUCGUCAUGCAGAUAAAGUUAAAGCACCUACAAUGAUUGCUGUUGGUACAAAAGAUUUGAGAAGUCCUGCUUCCCAAGGAAGAUUAUGGUAUAAUCGACUACUUGCAAACAAUGUUAUAUCAAAGCUUUUUAUAUAUGAAGAUAAUCAUAUGUUAGCUAAAGAUGUAGUCGAAAUCGACUUUGUGAUUAAUGCAGCACUUUGGCUCUUAAAAUAUAUUAGUGAUACACCAGAAGAUCCAAAAUCUAUUGUAUUAGCAGAAGAAGUAACAAAAGAUGAAGAUAAUUUAAUUGGUAAAUAAAUAAAAAGCCAUACUUUUAAGAUUCCAAAUAUUAC